ACCGCCUGAACGUUUCUACUUCCGGUUCACUUUACGUAGCAACAUCUGCGUAUUCAUACGGGACUUGCAGUUCUUUCAUGUUCCCUUCAAACCAAACGAGAUCCCUCAAAUCAUUCUCAUCGGACGUCACUACGAAAGAUCUUCACCCGGAGAAGCACGAUCCCCUCCACGUUAAACAGGAGGAGGAGUUGGAGAUGCCGCACAUCAAACAGGAGGCAGAGCCAGAAACUCUUUACAUAAAAGAAGAAAAACAAGAAGAUGAAAUAACCACGUUUCCAAUAACUGUCAGUGUGAAGAGUGAAGAGGAAGGUCCAAGCGAAGAGCGCAGAGCAGCCAAACCUUCGAGCGGCAGCUCAUUUCAACACCUGACAACAAAAGGAGAGGGACAAUCGCAACUGGAAGGCCUGUUAGCUCCGCUCUCGGACAGCAACGACGUAACGUCACAAUCGUCUGACUUUACAACUGAUGAGGAGGAUGUUGACUUUGACCCAAAGUUUCGGAAAUCCUUUAAAAAGUCAGCUUUGAAUAGAGACGCAAAAACAUGUGUAGGUGGGAAACAGUUUGCCUGCUCACAUUGCGAUAAAAGAUUUUCUUGGAAGCAUCACUUAAAAAGGCACAUGCAUACGCACACCGGGGAGAAGCCUUUUGUCUGCACAUUUUGUGAUAAACGAUUCACAGGGAAAGAAGAUUUAAUCAGGCACGCAAGAAAACACACCGGUGAGAAACCUUUUCCCUGCACACUUUGUGAAAAAACAUUUUCUUGGAAACAAAGCUUAAAAAAACACACGCGUACACACACCGGUGAGAAGCCUUAUGCCUGCACAUGUUGUGGUAAAACAUUUACCGAGAAGUCAAGUUUAAGCAGACACACAAGCACACACAGUGGAGAGAAGCCUUUCGCUUGCACGCUUUGCGAGAAAAGAUUUUCUCAAAAGGCUAAUUUAGAAAUUCAUCAGCGUACACACACGAAGGAAAAGCCUUUUGUCUGCACAUGUUGUGGCAAAAGAUUUGCUAUGAAGUUAACUUUAAAGAUACACACAAGAAGACACACUGGAAAUAAACCUUUUGCCUGCUCACUUUGUGGUAAAAGAUUCACUCAGAAAGGAAAUUUAGUAUCGCACGCAAGAAGCCGUCACACUGAGGAAAAAGUUUGCAGUGUGUGACAAAAUAUUCUAAUUCCUGCCACACAUUGACAGUGGAAAAACCAUUUCAAUUUCCUUUUUCAGUUUCCCUUCAGCCUCUUUUGAAAAAGUUGUUGAAAUGAGUUUGCAGGUCCUGUCUUUUUCAGACCUAUCCAAUAUUCAGAUUUUUUUUAAAAAAUUUAAUAAAUUGUGGUACAACUCUUUCUGUUG